AGGAACUUCACUACAGCAUGCUUUUAAAGAAUACUGUCUGAAAAUGUAGCUGGCCUUUUAUUUAAACUAAAGACUAGGGAAGAUAAGUGCCCUUGACUUCGGAAAAUCAUUUUCUGUUUGUGUCUCUGUUUCCUCAUGCUUAUGCAGAAAUGCUUUUAACUCUGCAGAACUGAAGUAUUUCAGUGAAAGGAUUGUGUAAUGGCCCAGGACACUACAGUGCCGAAACUGAACUUUGAAUAUUGGUUGGAUAAAGCUGUUGAAUGGGGUCAAGCCACUACACUGGAAUCCCAGAAAGAUGUGUGCCUUCACUUGCCCCAGCUGCAGGAGUUUCUACAUCAGCUUUAUGAAACUUUAAAAGAUGUGCAGGGUUCAGUUGCAGCAAUCCAGCGGUUCCCUUUAAUUGGACAGCUUUUAGGAAGGCUCUGUUGGAAUCCUUUUGUUAUAGGAUAUGAUGAAAGCCAAAAGGCUCUGAUGUGCUGCUUGUGUUGUCUGUACAGCAGUGAGCCACAGAACCCUGUGGAGGUGAAGGCCAACAGCUGGAUCCGUAGUUUGCUGUACCAUCUCCUUUCUUCUUCUGAGUGGGAAAGUAAUGAAGCUGAAACCAAUCUGUUCAUAUCAACUCUAGGCUACACGUCAGCAGAUUAUUAUGGUCACUUAGUUAAAAAUAUGAUCUUUUCAUUAGUAACAGAACUCAGAGAAAAUCCUUUCAAUGGACUUAAUAUUCAGAGGAGUGUUUCAGCCAGUCGUGUGAAUGCUGUGUCCAUUUGCUGUGUCCCUCUCAUUACUUUGCCUGACCUGACUCCCUUGCUGGAAACUCUUCUUCUUUGCCAUGGAGGUUCACCAAAAGAAAUUCUCUGUCCAGAGUUUCUGGAGGCUGUGAAUGAGACCUUUUUAAAGAAGAAGAUCUCCCUUCCUGACUCAGCUGUCUGCAGCCUCUGGCUUCGGCACUCACCAAGCCUGGAAAAAGCGACCUUACAUCUUUUAGACCAGUUGGUUUCCAUUCAGCUGAACUCACUGGAAGAAGUGGCUUGUGUCAUAAAAGACUCAUUACUGCCACAAGCAGCAAGCCAUCCUGCCAUUUUCAGAGUUGUAAAUGAAAUUUUCAAGAAUGCACUGCUGGAAACUGAUGGAGCUUCAGAAGUUAUGACCAUAAUACAGGUGUUUACACAGCUCUUCCUUGAGGCUCGUCAGAAUCAAAACGAGCAGCACAAAUUCCCAUUGAAGGCGUACUUCCCUUGCCAUCACCAGCCUCUGGUAAGAGCUUUAUUCAGACGUCCCUCUGAACUCCCAACUACAUCUUGGUCUCAACACUUGAAAAACAUUUCAGAUAUGCUCAAAGCAUUAGUAGAAGAUACAAACGUUAGUUCUCUCACUGACCUUUUUGAAACCUGGUAUUUGGUUACUUGUUUUGGAGAAUGGCUGGAUAUUGCAGCAGAACAAUUGCUGAAGGCUGCUGUACAACCAGAUGCUUUGCUGUGGCUGCUGGCAUUUUACUACUGUCCUCAGAAUGAAAAUCAGCAAAGGACUCAGGCAAUGGUAGAAGUUCAAGCAGUCUACAAUCAUCUAAUGAUGCUCUUCAGCUGUAAAGACCUUUCUCUCAGAGAUCUGGAGGCUGCUGUGCACAGGAUAAUGGGGACAGAGCAGUGCUGGAACCAGCAUCUCAUGACACAUCUUCUGACCAACUUUUUGCUCUUUUCAUCUGGUGGACAUUUGGUUGCCCAGGAAUGUAUUUACCAUAUUACUGAGACAACUGAUACAAGCAAGGAAGUUUAUAGCCUUCUUCUCCGUACUGCAUACAGAUUUAAACAUCAUGGAGAAGGAAACCAGAGGACUGUCAAGCUGCUGAAUGAACUUCUUCAAAAAUUUACAUUGAAAGUUUAGAUUUUUAAUAUCAUCUAUUUAUCAAGCCAACAAAUCAGAUCUUUAUCUAUAUUUAUUACUGUCAGAAUUCCAUUAGCAUCUUGCACCGCAGGUUACUAAGGGUAGAGAGACACAUACAUAAACAUAUCUCCUAAUUUCCUAUUCCCUCAUCUAUAUAUUAAAAUAACCUGUU